CACGAGCGCUGGAAUUUGUCGAGUGCCACAUAUCGCGUUUCGUAGUCUUUCUGACAUUUAGAGGAGAUUACCUCUAACUUUGUUAAAUAACAAAGUUAUUUGUUCUGUUGGGAACAUUGGGAUUUAACUCUGGGUCCCUAGGGUAUUCUUGGUUUUUUUUCUCGAAUUUUUUUUGACAGCAAAAAAAAAAAUUUGAUUGGCCUUUUCAGAUUUUACCGACUUUUGUAUGGAAUUGAAUCUUUUCAUAAGAAUCUGAAUUGAAUAGAAGAUGUUAAUGGAGCCGGAUCAUUUACAUACGGCAGUGAACCGUUCGAUGACUUCGCGUGAAGGUAGAAGCAAAAAUCGGUUCAACCCGCUUACAGGGGCGAGGCUCGCUGCUGGUGUUAUAGCGCUUUCGGCGGAUAAACAAAAGGUAUUAAUGGUCUCAUCUGCGAAGAAGUUACCGUGCUGGGUUGUACCAAAAGGUGGUUGGGAAGCAGACGAGUCAGUUCAACAAGCAGCUUUACGCGAAGGAUGGGAGGAAGGAGGGCUAAUUGGAAAGAUUACGCGGUCGUUAGGUUGUUUUAAGGAUGAUCGACCAACGGAUACAGUCGAUCGACGGAAGAAGUAUUUGGAACAACAAAUUGUGAAUGCUCGGCAGCGACAGACCGACAAUGAAACUUCCAGUACAACAUUGGCCACUCAAGCAGAACAAGAAAUUACCUCCAUUGAGAAGUUAAUGAUUCCUCCCCGAGCAGAAUGUGAGUACUUUGAGGUUGUUGUGGAACGACUAGAAGACUAUUAUCCUGAAAUGGGAAAGCGGCACAGAAUGUGGAUGUCCUACGCAGAAGCGAGAAAGGCUUUGGCAAACCGAAAAGAUAUUCUAUCUGCUUUGGAACAAAGUUCUAUCAUUAAAGAUGUUGAGUGAGAACAAUUACAUUUAAAGUGUUUGUUUUCAUCACGACUGCAUUGUUUCUAACUUAGGGUGAAAUAUUUCUCUCAGUGAAACAAUCUGGUUUUUACUUUAAUGGGAUUAACCAAUGCCGAUAAUUUUUGUUCUUUGGCUAAUUUAUGUUAUGGUAACGGAUUGGCCUAUUGUUUAGCCAUUGAUGCUUGUUUUAUGGGAUAUAUCCUCCUUUUUAUAUGUUUAUUCUCUCUUUAAUCAUCAUUUGUAACGGUCUUCUUAGAAUCCUUAUGCUUGUUUGGAACAACCUUUGGACUCCAUUUGCUUCAAUGUAAAUCUGCUUUGUUUAAACAAACAGGAGAAGUUAUGGGAGUUAGAUUUACUUUUAUUAUCUCCAUCGAACUCCCAUGUGUUUUUUAAUUCCUUCUUUUACUUUUUUCCACGUAUGACUUUUACUACCUUUUUCCGAGCAUGCCUCAAUUUCAAUUCUCUUUAUUUUACGUUUUUAUUUUCAUUAUAAUUGAAGAAAUUUUAGUUGUCCAUUUUUUGUACUGCGCAUCAUUUCUUGGUGUUUCAUUAUUUUUACCAUUCGUUCAUUAAAUAAUAAACAGGGUUGUAAAAGAGAUGAAGCCAUUUCUAUUCCUAUACUUCCGCUUAUGAAUAUUUAUAUCAGCAUGCGUUCAGUGUUCUUUGCGUUUAUUUACGAAGACAUACACAUAUAUGUUUAUAAUAUUUUAUUGGCAUGCUGUCUAAACAGCAGGUGGAUGUAGCAAAGCCGGAUACUUAUGUUUCCAUAGAUUACAUGAAUUUUUAUAUAUGGGUAUUAAUGGCUUUUCAUGAAGAUAAUGAAAGGGGAUAGGAAAUGCAGGUUUUCAUAGAAGGCAUUUAAUAUAAUCUAUACUUUCUCAUACGAAAAUGAUUUUCUU